AUGCAGAUUCUAAAGCACAGGUUCAACCAUGAGAGUGAUCAAAUACUACCCGAUGAACGUCUGCUUGAGAGUAAUUUGGCGGCCAAUAUGUUUGCUUGUGAUUCUAGUAAUUCCCUUCAGAAGUUUGGAAACCACAUCUUUUGGAGUUUUGGAAGUGGACUUUCUAGUUUCAUGAUCUCACGUCUGUAUUUGCUGAACAAACAAACUGAAGAAAGUAUUAUUGCCUGGGAAUCACGUAAAAUACAAGAAAGUUCUUCUUUAGGAAUUGAAAUGACAGCAAAACUGCUAUCUCCGCUAAAUUCAUCAGCUAUGAACUUGGCAAGUGCUUUAAGUUCGUCUUUGAAUGAAACUGAACUAUCAUUUGAUACCAUCAAAGAAAAGGUUGCACCAGCAUUGUUUUUAGCAGUUUCAACUAUUCCCCAUUUAGCACAGGCUACUUAUAUUGGAAUAGAUGGCUUGAUGUUCUCAUUUUACAGAGGGGAGACUCAAAUGAUUGCAUCGUAUAGCAACAUUUCAUAUUCUUCAGUCUGGUAUAGUCGGCAAGUGGACCGGGACAGCGGGAAUCUAUAUGGAGAACCUAUUUUUACAAAAUCUAUUGCUGCUAGGAAUGCAACUUGGUUUCAAAAGGCUUUAAAUAGCUCAAGUGGCUAUUCAUGGUUUGGAAAAGCAUGGAACAAAGCUCAAGAUGGGUUAUUUCUUAGUGCUGUGGCUAUGGAUGGCAGAGGUGUGAUUUCCCUUGGCUUGAGAGCAAAGGCGGUUGCUGAUCAUUUUGCAGCUUUAGAAUUCCAUGAUGCUGAUUUUCAGUUGGCUACACAUGAUGGGGAAGUGAUUAUACCAACGAGGCUUCCAAACACGCAGAUAACUGUAAGCAAUAACACAAAGCUGAAGCCAAAUGGUGACCCUUAUAUAGAUCUUGUUGGUAACUUGUCGUGUUCUAUGUCUCAUGGUGGAGGGUCAAAAUAUUUUAAUGAGAAAGUUUCUGGAGUGACAUACAAGUUUUAUUGCUCUACCCUUGAGAUUGCUGGGGUUCAAACGGUAUAUGCACUAGUUUAUCCCACAGAAAAUUUAGUCAGCCUUGUCCGACAUAACUGCAAGCUGUCGACCAUACUCCUUUUGCUUCUGUUUAUUCUGAUAGUUACCUCGCUUUCUGUCUUCAUAUUCUCAAUAGUCAGAGCUGCAAAAAGAGAAAUGUUCUUAUGUGCUGCUCUCGUUAAACAAAUGGAUGCAACUCAACAAGCAGAACGGAAGAGUAUGAACAAAAGCCAUGCCUUUGCUACAGCGAGUCAUGAUAUAAGGGCUUCUUUGGCGGCUAUCAUUGGUUCAAUAGAAAUUUGUAAUCAAGAUUCCAAUCCUAACUCAGUUGUAGCAGCAAACUUAGGACAGAUGAGUACUCGUGCACAAGAGCUCCUAGGCUUGUUGAAUUCAGUUCUGGAUACAAGUAAAAUUGAAGCUGGAAAAAUGCAACUUGAAGAAGAAGAAUUCAACUUGGCUCAUCUCCUCGAGGACGUAGCGGAUAUGUUCUAUCCUAUGGCUAUAAAGAAAGGUGUUGAGAUUGUGCUUGAUCCUUGUGAUGGCUCAAUUUCUAAAUUAUGUCUUGUUAGGGGUGACCGAGGAAAGCUUAAACAGAUCCUAUGUAACUUACUGAGUAAUGCAGUAAAGUUCACAUCAGAAGGUCACAUUACAGUUCGUGCCAUGGUCCAGGAAACAAGUUUCGAAAAUGCCAUAAUUGCUUCUAAUCGUAAUUUUUUGUUGGAGUGUUUGUGCCGUUUGUGUUUCAAGAACAAGACAGGUUUACAGGAUUUGGAUGUCCUUACUACAUCUCAGCAAGAUCCCCAUAUCACAGAAUUUGUAAUUGAGGUGGAUGAUACAGGCUUGGGAAUUCCAAAAGAUAUGCAAAAGACUGUGUUUGAAUACUAUAAUCAGGUUGCAGAAACCUCUUUUGGUCAAGAAGGAACUGGUUUGGGACUUGGUAUUGUUCAAUCUUUGGUGCGUCUAAUGGGUGGAGAUAUAAGAAUUGUUGAUAAAGAGACUGGUGAAAGAGGUACUUGCUUCAACCUCAAUAUCAAACUUCCAACAUGUGAACCACAAUCAACUGACAUUGAAAAAGAACUCCCUAGAAUGCACAAUGAUCGCCCUUCAGAUAGCUUUCAAUCUCUUGCAUUACUUCGAACCCUUUCACCUAAACAAGAAGAAUCUCAUGUGGUACUUCUCAUAGCAGCCGAUCAACGGAGGAAAGUUUUGAUGAACUAUAUUGACCUAAACAUAAGAGUGUCAUGUGUAAAACAAGGGAAGAAUCUACUCCCACAUUUGGAGAAAAUAAAGCAGAAGUUGGAGAUUUCCUAUUUCAGUUUUUCCGAGAAAACCCAGAUGGACCACCAGAGAAUAUCUGCAUCAUUCAAUUCUGGUUUGGGGCCGAGUGAUAGGCCUCUCUGCAUCAAGGAUGAAAAUGAUCAAGUUCCCCUGCCCUACAGAAAGACCGACUCCAAAGGUUCACCAGGCAUCAUACUAUUAGUGAUUGAUUCCAGUGCUGGUCCUUUCUCAGAACUAUGUUCAGCUGUGGUUAACUUCAGGAAAGACAUUCAUAAUUCACGGUGCAAGGUUGUCUGGUUGGACCAUCCAGCAGUGAGUGAUGAUGCUCAUUCAGGAGAACCUCCAUGCGAUCUCAUUGUAUAUAAGCCUUUUCAUGGGUCACGCUUAUUCCAAGUGCUAGGACUAAUACCAGAACUGAAAAAAGGAAACUUUAUCAAAGUUGAUAGACCACAAUUCUUUGAACAAAUUCAACGGCGAGGUAAAAGUAUGGAGUUGGGGAUGCCUUUAUCUCAACAAAGCUCACUCCAGCAGAAAAAAAUGCACAAGCAUGCAGAUGAGAGAAGUAGUGAUAAGCCUUUGAAUGGGAAGAAAGUUCUGGUUGUUGAUGAUGAUAGUGUUCUACGCAAGGUGAGUACAAUUACUCUUUGUAAACUUGGAGCAAACGUUGAGGCCUGUGAGAAUGGAAAAGAGGGACUUGAUCAAAUCUGCAAGGGCUUGAGUGAUGGGAGAGAAGGACACGCCAAUCUUCUCCCUUAUGACUAUAUUCUCAUGGAUUGUCAGAUGCCGGUAAUGGAUGGAAUCGAAGCAACCCGACUGAUAAGAAAAGAGGAGCUAAAAUAUGGCAUCCAUAUGCCAAUUGUUGCAUUGACUGCCCAUGUAGAGACAGAGCAAGUGAGAAAGCUGUUAGAUGCAGGAAUGGAUUUCCACGUACCUAAGCCAUUACAAGUGGAAAAGUUGUUGAAAGCAAUCCAAUCUACGGACAAAAUAGGAUAA